UCGGGAAAUAGUGAUUGUAUUAUGGUCCGCUUGACACUUGAAGCGAAGCGAAGUUCUGUUUGAACGGGGAAAAAAAACAACCAGGAAGUUAAACAGAGGAAGAAACGCUGUGGUAGAGCAUCGAACGCGAAUCUAAGAGGAUUCAUAAAGGUUUUAAAUAACAGCGUUAACUUAAAAGAAAGUUGAUUCAUCGGAUUGUGUGUGUCAAAGGGCAUAGUUUGCAACAAGAUGGACAUCGAUCCGGAGCGAGGAGGAGCGGCGGCGGCAGAGCCACAGGACAAGGUGAAGACCUUGAGGGAUCAAGUAGAUGGAGUGAAAGACAUCAUGACGCAGAAUGUAGACCGGAUCCUGGCUCGAGGAGAGAGACUCGAUGACCUCAUGGGCAAGUCAGAGGACCUGCAAGCAGGGGCUCAGCACUUCAAGCAGACGUCUCAUAAAGUGGCUCGCACCUACUGGUGGAAGAACGUAAAGAUGAUCGUGGUCAUCGUGGUGGUCGUCCUCAUCAUCGUGCUCAUCAUCAUCCUGCUGGCCACCGGAGUCAUCCCUGUCAGUGCCUCUGCGCCUCCUGUAGUUCCUCCCACCAUCAAGCCAUAAGAGAGAGACACACACACACACACACACACACACACACACACAAUGUAUAUACAAUCAUAAACAAACCCAUUCUUAUUGCACAUUAUACAAAGUAAUAUAUAGACUAAAG